AAGUAACUAAAAAGUUAUACAGAGGAAGACAGUUAUUUCAAUUCUAUUUAUAUUUUCAAUUAUAUACCCUAUAAAUAAAAUGCACGUGAUAACAUUAUAUUGAUAAUACACCAGAAAAAAUGUAUGAGAAUAAAACUUCUCCAUCUACUCCAACCCCCUCUAUUGGAUCCUUGACGUCAUUGACCUCCUCUAAGAACACAAUGAUGUCGUCGAAGACCUCCUCCAUGACAUCUCUGGCCCAACCGAACCCUUUGAGCCCAAGAGUUCUAACCCCGCAGAAAAAGGAGAAGAAGUUUGCUUGGCUUACAAGAUCUGAAGAAGAAGAAGAACUAGAUAUUCUGACAGAAAAUAUUCUGAUGGAGAGCACCGUAGAGCAUAGGGUAGAGUUAGGUGAAGAUGAUAUAAAUAUUCAAGUUGGAGAGAAACAAGAACAUCUAGAUCUAAGAUGUAUAAAUGAUCCUGGUGUAUCAGAAUUGAUCAAAAUCCUGAUCAAUUGGAUAAGCGCAGAGUUCAGUGAUCAAAGAGUUCAAAUCACUGAUCUGGGAAAAGACCUCAGAGAUGGACAGGUCUAUGCCUUGAUUUAUGAGAAAAUACUUGGAUUAAAGAAGCUUGAUCUACCCUGGGGAGAAUAUGUGCAGUCUAGGGAAAGACAAGAGAAAAACCUAGAGUUCAUUAUAGAAAAUAUGAACAGAGAACUUGGUCUGACUGAUGUUCAGAUAAAAUGGAAAACAUCAUUACUGUCCUGUGGAGAAAUGCUGAAUAUUCUAAGAUUGUUGAUUAAAAUAAAUCGGUUCUGCCAUACCAACAACAGACCGGCACCAGAACUACCCAGAGUAAUUAAAGUCAAUAUACUAAAAUUAAAAAAGCUGGAAACUGGAGUUCGCUGUGAAAGAAGAGUAGAAAAUAUUAUGGGACAGGAGUCAGAAAUAGGGAAAAGAGACGGAUUUGAUACCUUAUUCGAUCAUUUCCCAGAUAAACUGUUCCAAGUACAAAGCUCACUACUCACCUUUGUCAACAGACAUCUCGCCAGUGUUGGGUUGGGUGUAGGCUCUCUACAGGAGCUGGCUGACGGAUACAAGCUUUGUAUUCUUCUUGGAUAUCUUCAGGGUUUUUUUAUUCCACUGUAUGAAUUCCAUCAGAAGCCAGCAACAAAGGAUGAAAUGAUUGAGAAUGUAGAACUAGCGUACAGACUAAUCAAGGAAGGAGGACUGCCUACUCCAAUGAAUCGGCCUGGGGAAGUGGUUCAAGCAGAUUUAAAAGCAAUUUUCAGGAUCAUCUACUCAUUGUUUCUAAAGUAUAAAUGAUUGUGAAAUAUAUUAUUAUCAAUUUCAA